AUGGCAAGGUCGAUACCGACGUCCACCGCAGGCCCGUCCCUGCCCACCGCGAAGACGAUCCAGGUCGACACGCGCGGCGCGAUGAUCCUGGACGAGGAGUCGCCCGAGACGCGCGACAGCCGCGGGAUCUACUUUCCCAACUACAUCGAGCCGGUAUCCCACAUUGCAGUCGACAUCGGAGGUUCUUUGGCCAAAGUCAUCUACUUCACGCGAUCAGCAAAUCCCCCAUCUUCCCCGUCGCAGCAUGCAACUCUGGGCUCGACACCACAUGACGCCUUCACGCCAUUGUCUGUCUCGCCUCCAAAAGACAGUCCGAUAUCCUCUCCGCCACAUACCCGGCUGAACAGCCACGACAAGGGCGCCCUUACCCCGGCCGUGCUCGAGCAACGCAACGGCAACCAUGUGCUCGCCGAUGAGCCAGCCGAAGUCCAAACAAAUCGCGAAGGUCUUUCUCCACGAUCUCUCAACGCUUCCCAUCUCCACGACUCUCUGCUUAGACGAGCGUCGGUGCAGCAUUUCCCGGGCGGGUCGCUCAACUUUGAGCGGUUCGAGACAGAGCACAUCGAAGACUGCAUUGCCUUCAUCCGGGAACUCAUAGAGCGCUCCGCCGCGAUUAACGGCGUGCCCCUUGCGGACAUGCGCCGGGGAGUGAAGGUCAUCGCCACUGGCGGCGGCGCGCACCGGUUCUACGACAUGCUCGCGGAGGAGCUGCAAGUGGAGGUGCACCGCGAAGACGAGAUGGCGUGCCUCAUCGAGGGCCUCAAGUUCAUCACGCUCAUCCCUGCCGAGGUCUACUACUUCUCGGACGAGCUCAUCCACUCGGUCUCCCAUCCACACGCGCCUCUGUAUCCUCCUCUCCCACAGCCCCCACCGUUGGAGCGGCCGAGCCCCAACCCGCCGACGUACGCGGUGUCGUUCGUCCACGACCCGGUACCGCAGCUGCCGUGUCUGCUCGUGAACAUAGGCUCGGGCGUGUCGAUCGUUAAGGUGGACGAGGACGGCUCGUUCGAGCGCGUGAGCGGAACGAGCCUGGGGGGCGGCACACUCUGGGGUCUGCUCAGCUUGCUCACGCCGGCGACGACGUUCGACGAGAUGCUCGCGCUGUCGGAAAAGGGUUCGAACGAAACGGUGGACAUGCUCGUGGGCGACAUCUACGGCGCCGACUACAGCAAACUCGGCUUGAAGUCGACGAUGAUCGCGAGUACGUUCGGCAAGGUGUUCAAGAAGCAGGGGGGCAAGAAGGGCACGUUCAGCGCCGAGGACAUCUCAAAAUCCCUCCUGUACGCAAUCUCGAACAACAUCGGACAGAUUGCUUACAUGAACGCCGAGAAGUACAACCUGGAGCGGAUAUACUUUGGGGGAUACUUCAUUCGAGGUCACGCGGCGACCAUCAGCACGCUCUCCUACGCCAUCCGAUUCUGGAGUAAGGGCACGAAGCGCGCGCUCUUCCUCCGGCACGAAGGCUUCCUGUGA